AUGAAUAACACACUGACCUUGAAUGACACACUAAUCCAGAAUGACACACUGAUCCUGAAUCACACACUGACCCUGAAUCACACACCGAUCCUGAAUGAUACACUGACCCCGAAUAACACACUGACCCAGAAUAACACACUGACCCUGAUUCACAUACUGAUCCUGAAGGACAGGCUGACCCUGAAUAACACACUGACCAUGAAUAACACAGUGACCCUGAAUAGCACACUAACCCUGAAUGACAGACUGACACAGAAUAAAACACUGACCAUGAAUAACACACUGACCUUGAAUGACACACUAAUCCAGAAUGACACAGUGACCCUGAAUAACACACUGACCCUGAAUCACACACUGAUCCCAAAUGACACACUGACCCUGAAUAACACACUGAUCCUGAAUCACACACUGACCCCGAAUGACACUCUGACCCUGAAUCACACACCGAUCCUGAAUGACACAAUGACCCUGAAUAAAACACUGACGGUGAAUCACACACUGAUCCUGAAUAACAUACUGACCCAGAAUAACACACUGACCCUGAAUCACACACUGAUCCCAAAUGACACGCUGACCCUGAAUAACACACUGAUCCUGAAUGACCCACUGACCCCGAAUAACACACUGAUCCUGAAUCAAACACUGAUCCUGAAUGACCCACUGACCCCGAAUAACACACUGACCCUGAAUGGCACACUAAUCCAGAAUGACACACUGACCCUGAAUUACACACUGACCCUGAAAAAACACACUGACCCAGAAUAA